AUAACAGCUCGAGUGUCACCUCUAUGACCUGCAGCAAAACAAAAGAAGCAAUUAACGAAAUUUAUUAGCAAUAUUGUUUAAGAGGAGACGAGCUUGUCGCAGGAUUCGGCACCUCCACACAUACGUAGGAGUCACUGCAUCCAAUGCCCCAGCUGCGCUUGGCCAAGGGAAGCGCUGUGAGAUUGCAGCCAAAGUUCGGGUCCGAAUUAACACCCAUUUCCAUGACCAUAUCGAGGAGACGUCGUCGUCUGUUGUGAGGGAUUCUCGCCGGCGCCGGUGGCUGUGAUGGAGCGCUAGCUGGUGGCCAGGAUGUGGCCAGCCGCCCUGUCUCGCCUAUUCAGACGCCGCAUUGUGUACAUUGUGCUGGUGGUAGUGCUGCUUGUCACCGGAUUUGGUCACCUCUUUGACCAGGACACCUUUGCGGGUCUGCACUACGAUGAGUAUGUGGUGCAGCGCACGCGACCCUUACUCUGGACACAACAGCUCCUGGCCCCGGAGGAGCAGCUCAAUCGGACCCGCGGCGAUCCGGAGGCGCGCUGCCGGAACUCGGUGCAGGGUCGCCGCUUGGUGGCCGACGAGCGGGGCUUCGUCUGCCGCAGGAAGGAGGUGCUGCCCAAUGGUUGCUGCAACACGGAACUGCCCAAUAUCGGUUACUACAGCUGUCGCACCUGCAAUGCCACCACACACUGCUGCGGUUUGUACGAGUACUGCGUGUCCUGCUGCCUCCAUCCAGGCCAGCAGCCGCUGCUGGAGCGUGUGCUCCGAUCGCCCAACACGCCCAAGUAUACCUUCGCCAGCGUAACGGACCAUUUCGAACUGUGCCUGGUCAAGUGCCGUACCAACUCCCACUCUGUGGCCCAUGAGAACAAAUAUCGCGACCCAGCGGCCAAGCACUGCUACGGCCUAACGGAGGCCCACGAGUCGCAGCGGGAUGUGGCGCCCAAGGGAGCGAGUGCCAGCUAAUUCUUGAACCCAAAACAAACAAAUUAGCAUGUUAUACUUCCUAAUUGUAGGCUUCCUUGUUGGCAAUACUUUAAACCGUUUAAGUAGGGCUCAUAGAUCGUUCAUUUUUCUGCAAGACUGUCGUAAUAUAUGCACCCUUCAGGUAUAUACUCUAUAUCUCGCGUGGUAUGUCUAUGAGAAUCCGGGAUAACAACCGAAGCUUUAAGGAAAAUCCUCAAGCAUCAAGCCAUUCACAUAUACGUUGGCACAGUCCUCAGCUAUUUGAGAAAAUUUGAGAUCGAAUUUAAUUGUAAGCAUGGUUUUUUUUGCACUGUAUAUACAUAAUUACACAAGUAUUUGGGCAUAUCGACAUUGUUCGUACAUUUUUCGGAGAUAUGUUGCUUUUCUUUGGCAGAAUUGAGUCGUUUUGAAAUUGUCAUAUCUCCGCGCGAAACUAUAUCGUUUUAAAUUAACAUAUAACAUUUUUAGUUCAGCGGAGAUAUGUCGCGCGAACUUAUGUCGCCACUACAAGUAUUUGUGUAACUUCUUGCUUUUUCAAGGACUCCUUCUUUAAUUUAAACCAUGAAUUUGUUUUGUAAAUAAAUUUAAAAAAAAAUCAAAGGAAUAACGAACAAAGCCUGAAGCUCUCUAAAGCUAAGCCUUAGUCCUAAGCUUGUUGGUGUUCUAGUGUAAUUGUUUUUAGUAAAUAUUGUAAAUAAAUCAAAGUUUGCUAUAAGCUA